AUGGGCUCGCAAGACCUGCCUGCAAGUUUGGGAGCCAAUGGUGCCGAGCCACCAGUCUUACCUGUAGCUUCAUCAGAUCUUUCAUCGAUUUUCGAGUGGGCUGCUCUUUUCCCUCUUGCUAUUUAUCUUGCAAGCAGUCGAUAUCCUCAUCUACUUGUCGGCCGUACGGCCUUGGCUGGAUUCAUCCCUGCUGGGCUCUUUCCACGCCUCGGAGUCUUGGCCAUGAUUGCCGACCUCUUACAGCAUGGCCAGGAUUUUAUCGACCGUGCCUCUUCAGUUACCGAUUCGCGUCGUACAGUCUGGGAUGUCUCAUGGGAUAGCAUAUUUCCGUGUGCGAAUGGGGCAGUCGCAGAGAUUCUGAGUGGUUAUAUUCUUCGGAAUGUCAAGUUACAGAGUUUGGAAGAAAAAGAAGAAGAAAAAUCGAAGCCUGAUAAGAGUUUUCGACGCUAUCAGAACCUUCAUAUUAUACGCUUCUCCGAGUCAGAGAGCAAAAGCAUGCGGCGAAAUCGACGACUGGGCUCCUCAGACGCUCUCCCAAUGGUUUUCGAAGCCUUCGUCCUUCUGGGUCUGCUUGGGGCCAGUGUUGUCUGUUACCUAUUCGGACUCUAUGGGACAGGUACUGCGAUCGCUCUCAUAGUUAUAUUCCGGGUUUGCAGACAACUGAUUCGCGUGGACCGACCCGGGGGGUAUCUUCAGAGUAAUGAGAUCGGCGUCCCAGGCUGUAUGCUCGUUUCUCUCCACGAAAACGCUUCAACCUGGUAUCUUUAUAUUGGUUCACGAGGAGUCAUCGAUACAAUGCUCAAUAAAACUAUGGUCCAAGGGUUUGAGUCACCUCUCGGUGGUUGGAAGGCCCAUGGCCUGAGGAUUCUCGAGAUACUCCAACUUGCAAUAAUGACAUAUGUUGCAGCUCAAAAAGGCUGGGAUGGCGUUGCUUUGCUUAUUCUCGUGGCUACUGCGUGGGCCUUUGACAGUAUUGUUUAUAGGGAUGGAAGAAUUGCUGAGCUCUGGUUGAGGCGCAAUGGUAUCAAGGUCAAAACCUUGAGCUUGCAGUUUACUGGACGUACGCCCAUGAUUGGAGCUAUCCAGGCUUUGGGUCAACAUCGAAGAACAUCUUGGAUGGAUGGGAUUCUUGCUCCUUCUAAUCGGCGCGAUGCCUGGUUACAGAUGUUGGCAGAACGGGAGGUUGAUCCUAAGCUCAACCAAGUCCUCACACAUGACGACAAGAACUGGAUAGAGCUGAAACUGAGGCUGACACGCGAAGCAGAGGAAGUGAUACGCCCUGUCAUGUCUGACCAGAUCACCGGAACCACGGCGCAGGCAACAGCUUGA